UAAAAUGGUACAUAAGGAAUUCGGGGAUAUCUUUAAAAGAUUCAUAUAAAUUCCAAUUAUAAAAAAUACAUAUGCAGAACACUUUUAUUCAGCAUUUCAAUUUUUGCCCGGACAUGCUUUAGAAAGAAACUCUAACCAUCUGAUUUUGAGAUACAAGGUUCCUUAGGAGAUUAUGAAUAUGAAUGGAUCUGUUCAUGGAGGUGCCUUGGCUACUAUUUUGGAUUGCGCCACAACCAUAGCCAUUUUGAGAGGAGACAGAAAUUUAUCUAGAACAGUCAGGUAUGGAUGAAUAUUAUAUUUAGUAUUGAAUUGGGAUUGUCAUUUAUCAGUCCUGCCAAAUUGAAUGAUUCUCUUAUUGUGCAUGCAAUUUGUCAGAAAGUGGGUAAGAAUGUUGCAUACUCAGUUUGUGAUAUAUACGAGGAAUCUGGGAUGAAAUUAGUCACAACGGGCAGACACAUAAAAGCUGUAUUGCCUGGAACAUUUUUUGAUUCAGAUUUUAAAAAGAUAUCAUGAAAUAUUUAUAAUAAUUUAUUCUAAAUUCCAUAAUAUUAAAA